AUGGAAUUUGGAAACCAAACCUUAUUGAAAGAAUUGAUCUUCACAGGAUUUUCUCAGAACCUGCAGAUUUGUAUUUUCAUGUUUAUCUUCUUCUUAAUAAUUUAUACACUGAUCAUUUUGGGGAAUAGUUUUAUGAUAUGUACUAUUAUCAUCAGUCCUCAGUUACACACGCCUAUGUAUUAUUUCCUUUGCAAUUUAUCCUUCAUUGACCUUGGCUACUCAUCCAUCACUCUUCCAAAAAUUUUGCUUGAUGCAUUUUCUAUGAGAAGGAGAAUCUCCAUCAUUUGGUGUUUUGCACAGAUGAACACUGGCCUGUUCCUAGGGAGCACCGAGGAUUCAUUACUGGCGGUGAUGGCGUAUGACCGGUAUAUUGCCAUACGCUUCCCUUUACACUAUUCCACUAUAAUAACUUGGAGGGCGUGUCAUAUCAUAACAGUCAUUAUGUGGUCAGGAAAUUUCCUUAUAACAGUGAUGCCCAUUAUUGCAAAGCCUCUUGUCUUCUGUAAGGGGAACCAAUUGGACCACUUUUGUUGUGAGAUACUGGCCGUUCUAGAGCUGGCAUGUGGAGAUGUCGCCUUUCAUAAAAUGACUAUAUUUUUCGCAAGUUUUUUUACUCUGUUAGCACCAUUUAUUUUCAUUGUGGUGUCCUACAUCAGUAUUAUUAUAUCUAUAUUAAAAAUCCACUCAGAGGGUGGUAGAUCGAAAGCUUUUUCAACAUGUGCUUCCCACCUGACCGUGGUAUUAAUGUUAUAUGGGACCAGCAUGAUCACUUAUGUAGGACAAACAAUGAGUACUUCAUCCAACCUGAAGUAUUUUGCCUUAGUUUAUGGUGUUGUGACACCGGUGUUAAAUCCUUUGAUCUACAGCCUGAGAAAUCAAGAGGUGAAAGAAGCAUUUAAGACAAUAUUGUCCAAGAGUUCUGCAGCAUGGUCUGGUAGCUAG